AAGAGGGCUAAAAAGUCUGAUCUAGGAAGUUGCUCUAGUCCAGAAGACUUCGACAGCAAUAAUCACAACAUCAGAAACGCCACAGAAGUGCAGAUACAGAGAAUCAGUCCAAAGGUGUGAGAGAGAGAAAAGAAAGAGACGGGAAAAUAUGGCUACAUCCAAAACAUCAGGCAAGCCAUGCAACCUGGUGAAUCAUGAUCAAAUCUGGAAAGUACACAUAAAUAUGGAACUGGAAUCCGCCAAGAGCUGGCCUCAGAAAUGGGGUUUUCUAACCGAGUCCUACAACCAGGCAAUGCAGGAGAGCAGCAAGGUGACGGACAGAAUCCUGAAACUGGAGCUUCCGGAACACCUGAAGACACGCCCCCCAACUCCCCCGGAGGAAUACCUGGAGGUGCGGCCGUCUCCUCCGGUUCCCCAGACAACGCAAGCGUUCAUUGGCUGGCGCUCGGCGGUUCCAGGACUACAGCUUGAGCGGUACGGACGGGUGCAGUGCGGCAAGAAGAGCUUUCUUAAAGAGCUGGGCUGGGCAUUGAACAGCUGCAGCUAAUGCCUGAUACUGUUCAUCAGAUGGCCCUCACAACCCAGCUAACCCUAACCCAGCAACCCCAACCAAGCUAACCCCAACCCAGCAACCCCAACCAAGCUAACCCCAACCAAUUAACAGCAACCCAGCCAACUUCAAUUCAACUAUCCCUAAUACAAAUAACUCCAAUCCAGUUAACCCCAACUAGCUAACCCAAACUAAACUAACCCCAACCCAGCUAACCCCAACCAACUGACAGCAAUCCAGCCAACUUCAAUACAGCUAGCUUGAAUACAAAUAACCGCAGCCCAGCGACCCCAACCAAGCUAACCCCAACUCAGCAACCCCAACCAACUAAUAGCUAGCCCCAAUACAAAUAACCGCAAUUCAGCUAACCCCAACCAACUAACCCUAACCAGACUAACCCCAACCCAGCCAACUUCAAUCCAACUAGCCCUAUACUAAUAACCCUUAUCCACCUAACCCCAAUCUAACUCACCCUAACCCAAUUAAUCUCAAUCCAGCAGACUACAACAUAACUAGCCCCAACCCAGUUAAUCUCGACUCAGCUGACAUCAAUCCAACUAACACCAAGCGAGCCAACCCUAAUUCAACUAACCCCAACUAAACUAACCCCAAUCCUGUUGACCACAACCAGACUAACCCCAGUCAAAUUAAUCCCAUCCCAACGAAUCGCCAUCCAGACUACAAAGCAACUAAACCCAACCCAACCAACCCCAAUCCAACUAACCCCAACCCAGCUAACUCCAAUUCAAUGAACCUCAACCCAGCCAACCCCAAUCCAACUAACCAUAAACCAAUCACCCUCGAACCCAGCCAAACCCGAUCUAAAAAUCCCCUAUCCAAAUAGCCCCUACCCAACUAACUCCAAACCAGCUAACCACAACCUCACUAACCCCAACCCACCUAACCCCAAACCAACUGAUCCCAACUCAACUAAUCCCAACCCUAUCGAACCCUAACCCAACAAACCCCAAACCCAACUAACCUCAACCAACUCCAAACCGACUAACUAUAACCCAGCCAACUGCAACCCAACAAUCCGCAACCCAACUGGCCACAACCCAGCCAACUCCAAUACAAGCAAACCAUACCACUAUAAAAUAUAGGACUAUUAUAAGAGUAUUAACUAAUUACCUAUAAUAUAUACCAGGGUAUAUAUUGGAAGUAUAUUACACUUAUGUUUAUAAAUUUGCCUGUAUAAUUAUCAUAGAUAAUUUAAUUCAGUUUAGAUCGCACAAUUAAAUAAAACAGCCUAUAAAUUAUGUGGAAUGUUGUUAAAAUGCUGUUAUAAUUCACUUGUAAUAAAGCAGUAUUGUCUUUGAUCAGCUGAAAACCAAAUUAACCAAAAAGGAAAGUCUGCCAAAAAAUACAGUGUGAUUUAUUUUAUGAGUGAGCUUUUCCAAACAACAUAUAUUUAUCCAUACCUCCUCCUCUUCCUCCUCCCCCUUCUUCUUCUUCUUAUUAGGAUUAUUAUGCCAAAAUAGUUGGUAACAGUCAGGAUUAUUAAUGGCUGUGGACAUAGUGAAGCAAUCUUCAGUAACCCUUUCUUCUCCUACAGCUAAAACCCCUUACAUACACCAGUAGUAUCUCUGAAUUUGGAUUAGGUCUCUAAGUAGGAGCUUUAAGAACCCAGUUGAGAGACUAUUCCAAAAAUUCAUGUCAACUGGCAUAUCUUUUAUUUCUCUUUGGGCAGCAAAUGUCAUUCACUUGUGUUUGUAUCCAUAUAUUGUGCUACAUCUUAUGUCGCAAUGUCUUGCAAAGGGUUAAUAACUAAUAAAAGAUGAAUGAAUUGCUUAUUUA